UUUCCUUUCAUGAUUUUCACCCAUGAGUGAUGUAUCGUAAAUCACUUAGGAAUGUAAGUAAAUAUUAAAAUCACAUUGUUUUUUCCUUUUUGUAAAAAAAAAAAGUGUUCAAUAUCAUUCACAUCGCUCUGAAACUGAGGUCAAUCUUCUCUAAGUAGUUCGCGUUUCAUCCAUAUUCCAUGGUGGAUUCUUAUUCCUCUGUCAAUGGAAAAUACCGAUUUGAAAAGUUGCUCAGGAAAAAAUCAUGAUUUGGAAAACCUAGAUACUAGCAUUCUAGACAGUGAUUCGGACGAAUUCGAUGCAUUACCAGAAAUUACAUUGCCGAAAGGAGAGACGGAAAAUCGCCCUAGGCAUUUGUACUUAAAAAACGAUACUACAGAUUUUUCUACUUAUAAAUGGAGUAUUGAUCGCCUUUCCAGUACUGCUACACAAGACGAUAUGAACCGAAAGCGACGAAAGUUCGCGGUCGAAAAACUUCUUUACUAUGACAAAGAACAGCUGGAAAACGAGGAAGACGGCGGCAUAAAUACUCUGCUGAAUGAGAACGUUGGAUCAGACGUCUUGAAUCUGUUACGAACAAACUCUACCAAAUCAGAAACUUUAGAAUAUCACUUCUAUAAUCCGUCUAUAGCUGAACCGGAAGUAAACCCCAUUUCAUCAAAGCUUUCCAUAGAGGAUGAAUGCACUCAAAAGCUACUGAAUUGUCCAGAUUAUAUUUUUGAGAUUGCAGCAUGCUCCAAUUUAAUACCUCCUUCGAUCGUGUCAAGUGUUUUAAUUAAACGCUUCCUAAAUUCAUUCAAUUAUCCUUCAAGGUUUACAUGGCUUCAGAACUUAAGAGCAUAUAUUAAUUCAGGUCCUCAAUGCAAGGAUGAAUUUUGUUUGAGUGUAAACUUCUUCUAUACACACAUAUGUCGGAAAAUAGGGUUUAAUAUUCAAAAACGUAACCAACCUGUUCGCUCUGAACUUACAAGUUCGGAAGAGGUCUGUUCUGUAGUCCUUAAUGAGUCAUCCGAGGUUGAUUUUUUCGUUGAGCUUUGUCGAGUCUUGUAUCCUAUUUGUCCACAAGAACUUCAAUCCUUAAUGAUACGAGAUGUCUGUCGCUGUUUAUUAGAUAUCAAGGUUGGACAUGCCUGUCGAACGUCUUUCAUUAAAUUCAUGGAAUCUAUCGUGACAUCGGAAAAACCACACUUUUUCUAUGAUUUGGUUCGACUUUCGGAUCAACCUUCUGUGUGGAUAAGUAUUCUCUCAUCAUUGCCUUCUAAUUCCCCUACUAAUAUCCGUUUUCGAACGAACUUAGCUAUUCACUGGUUUUUAGGAAGCCUUCCUGAACGCUCACGUAUAUUUCCUUCUAUCUGUGGACAGCUUGAUAGAUUGCUGGAUCGAUGCAAAAAUGAAAACUAUACUGAUUUAUUAUUCUUAAUGAUCACCUUUAGCUAUACAGUAAGUGAGCUCCGUUUAAAAAAGAGUGAAAAUCUGGAUUUAGUAUUAGAGAAACUGCGGAAACUGAACUUAGCAAUCCCAGGUACAACUGAGCAUUUAUUGUUAUCAAGAUGUGAGGUAAAAGAUUACAUUCAUCGUCUAUAUAUGGUAAUUUAUUAUGAACAUUCGGAUGUUUAUUCAGAAUUAGAGCGGACAAUCGAAAAAGACCUGGGUCCAAUGGGAAAACAAAACGAACAACCCAAAAGAAAUUCUGCAAGGAACACAUCCAAAAGUUCUUUAGCAAGUAAAAAAGGAGGUAGAAAGAAACGGAGAAGGAAUAAAAAUCAGAAUUAAUAUUUCCAAAUCGAUUUUAUUAGUAUCACGU